UCUGCAAUGACUACAGCCAGAUACAGACCUACUUGGGAUUUGGUGCUUGAUCCUCUUGUGUUGUGCAAACUCUGCCUUGGGGAGUUUCCUGUGGAGCAGAUGACAACAAUAGCACAAUGCCAAUGCAUCUUCUGUACACUGUGCCUGAAACAGUAUGUGGAGCUUUUGAUCAAGGAAGGCCUUGAAACAGCAAUUAGCUGUCCUGAUGCUGCUUGCCCAAAACGUGGGCAUUUGCAAGAAAAUGAAAUUGAGUGUAUGGUUGCAUCAGAAAUCAUGCAGAGAUACAGAAAACUACAGUUUGAAAGAGAAGUGCUUUUGGAUCCCUGUCGGACUUGGUGCCCGUCUUCUUCCUGCCAAGCAGUUUGCCAGCUUCAGGAAUCAGGACCUCAGAGCCCCCAGUUGGUGCAGUGCAAAGUCUGUGACAUAGAGUUUUGUUCAGCAUGCAAAUCUAACUGGCAUCCAGGACAAGGAUGCCAAGAGAAUAUGCCCGUCAGCUUCCUUCCAGGGGAAACAAGCUCUGUUUAUAAAAUGGAAGAAGACGAUGCUCCAAUCAAGCGCUGCCCGAAAUGCAAAGUUUAUAUUGAAAGGGAUGAAGGCUGUGCCCAAAUGAUGUGUAAAAAUUGUAAGCAUGCCUUCUGCUGGUAUUGUCUGGAAUCACUUGAUGAUGACUUUCUCCUUAUACAUUAUGACAAAGGUCCUUGCCGAAACAAGUUAGGCCAUUCAAGGGCAUCGGUUAUUUGGCACAGAACACAGGUUGUGGGGAUUUUUGCAGGAUUUGGCCUGCUGUUACUAGUGGCAUCGCCGUUUCUUCUCCUCGCGACUCCCUUUGUCCUCUGCUGCAAAUGCAAGUGUAGUAAAGGAGACGAUGACCCUCUGCCUACUUAGAGAGAAUGAAGAAGGGACCUGCUCAUCAUCGUUGUCAGUUUCCUACCCUCCGCGCCGCCCCCCCCCCCCUUUUGCACUUAAUCUUGUUAGCGUCUUGCCUUAUUCCACUUUGAAUGAGAGACGAGGCACCAGAAUUCCAGGAACUACUGAUACCAGAGUUUCCUAUCCACCAGUCAGAUUAUGGGUAACAGUUUAAGGACUUGGCAAAAAAAAACAAGCUUGAACCUUGGAAGUAUGUGCAUCGAUGAUCUGCGUCAUUCCUUCUUCUCUGGAGGACAGCAUUCUCUGGAGAACUGAGUGACACUUACCCAGAUGAAAAUCUUCACAUAUCUAUUCACAUUAAACUUGGAGAGGUUCUUACCCACGGCAGAGGUGGUUUUUGCAAAACCGUUACCAAUUAUAAUAUGUUCAUUUUAGAUGUGACUUCCGAUAUCUGUUUAUUAAAACCAGUUUCUUAAUAUUUG